GGGGGGGGGGGGAAGGGGUUUGGGGGAACGCGUUUCGGUGACUGCAGAGAACGCGACAUUGGCACUGAGGAAGGAAACACCGUGGGCGUGUCAAAAGGACUCCAAUCCUCAUCUCUUACACAAAUCACACCUGUCCCGAUCUCCACUUUAACUCUCUCUCCACCUCUCUCUCUCUCUCUCUCUCUCUCUCUCUGUUUUUUCCGCUCUUUCUGUGUAUUAUCAUCUACGUUUAUAAGAAGCAGCUCUGCGGGAACAGAAACCAUGACCGGCAGAGAGAUCCUCCUCAAGAUGAAGGAAAAAGUAGGGUUAGGUUCGUCAGAUCCUGACUCCGGAAAAGGGAAGAGCAAGAUGUCAAAGAACAUAACCCAUGGCUUUCACCUGGUAAAGGGAAAAUCACAUCAUCCCAUGGAAGAUUAUGUCGUUGCGCAGUUUAAGCCAGUUGAUGACCAUGAGCUUGGUCUAUUUGCAAUCUUUGAUGGCCAUUUGAGCCAUGAUGUUCCGAAUUAUCUGAGGUCUCAUUUGUUUGAGAAUAUUUUAAAGGAGCCUGACUUCUGGACAGAAACAGAGAAAGCAAUCAGGAAAGCUUAUCGCAUAACUGAUGACAAAAUAUUGGAGAAAGCAGUUGAUUUUGGUAAAGGUGGUUCUACUGCAGUUACAGCAAUAUUGAUUAAUGGCCAGAAGUUGGUGGUAGCUAACGUUGGGGAUUCUCGAGCUGUUAUCUGUAAGAAUGGCGUUGCCAAACAACUAUCGAUUGAUCAUGAGCCAAGCAUGGAAAGGGAGAGCAUUGAGGAGAGAGGUGGUUUUGUGUCGAACUUUCCUGGGGAUGUUCCACGAGUUGAUGGGCAAUUGGCAGUGGCAAGGGCAUUUGGUGACAAAAGCUUAAAGAAACACUUGAGUUCAGAACCCCAUAUCACGGUGGAGCCUAUAGAUGAUCAAACGGAGUUUAUCAUCCUAGCAAGUGACGGAUUAUGGAAGGUAAUGUCGAACCAAGAAGCAGCAGAUUGCAUCCGGGAAAUAAAGGAUGCUCGGUCAGCAGCAAAGCUCCUUACCGAAGAGGCACUUAAUCGGAAGAGCUCGGAUGAUAUUUCAUGCAUAGUCGUAAGAUUUCGGUGAUUUUAAGGAUUGUUCCGCACUCAUGUUUGUUUAAAAUCUAUGUUUUAAGUGAUGUAUAAACACUCCCAUCUUGUGCCAUAAUAUUGUUGUUUUGUUUGGAUCAA